CACUGCAUGCUAAUGCGAGCGAUUCCCAAUGAGCCCUAAAACACAUCUUUAAAUUGAGUGUUGAGUUGAAGCCGCCUGACUCGACAACAGAGGGAACAUAUCAUCAGAAUUCCCCCUGUGGCAAUACCUGCUGAUUGGGUCCUAACGCAGCAAGCAGCCUUUAACUUUUAAUAUUUGCCUCCCGAGUCCUGCCACGAGUAGUCGCGACUGUUAGACAGGAAUAAAAAGAAGAAAAACAAGCACCAGAGCAGGUCCAGGCUUUUUAAUUUCUUUGUUUUGUUUGUUCGCUUCUUCUUCUUCUUUUUGCUCGCUCCUUACUUUAAACCCCACCGUGCGCGCCUCUAUGAGCGCGCAUGAAGGCAUUCUGCUGGAGAGGUUUUGCGAAACUUUAAGGAUGAUAUACUCUGGAUGUUUCCUGUUGCUCUGUGGGCUCUCACAUGUCAUGGCAAGUUAUCCCAUCUGGUGGUCACUAGCAGUGGGCCACCAGUACUCAUCGCUGGGCACCCAACCUAUUCUGUGUGGCAGCAUCCCUGGUCUGGUGCCCAAACAGCUGCGGUUCUGCCGGAACUAUGUUGAAAUAAUGCCCAGUGUGGCCGAGGGGGUGAAGAUUGGCAUCCAGGAGUGCCAACACCAGUUCCGAGGCCGACGCUGGAACUGCACCACAGUCACUGACAAUCUGGCCAUCUUUGGGCCAGUGUUAGAUAAAGCCACUCGAGAGUCAGCAUUCGUUCAUGCCAUCGCCUCAGCGGGAGUGGCAUUUGCAGUGACCCGUGCCUGCGCCGAUGGUUCAGCCACCAUCUGCGGAUGUGACACACGCCACAAGGGCCCCCCUGGUGAGGGAUGGAAGUGGGGCGGCUGCAGCGAGGAUGUGGAGUUUGGAAGCAUGGUUUCCCGAGAGUUUGCUGAUGCAAGAGAAAAUCGCCCUGAUGCACGUUCAGCCAUGAACCGGCACAACAAUGAGGCAGGAAGAAUGUCCCUCAAUGACAACAUGUUCCUGAAAUGUAAGUGCCAUGGUCUUUCGGGUAGCUGUGAGGUCAAGACUUGCUGGUGGUCUCAGCCUGACUUCCGAGUUAUUGGUGACUACAUGAAGGAUAAGUACGACAGUGCAUCUGAGAUGGUUGUAGAGAAACACAAGGAGUCCCGCGGAUGGGUGGAGACACUGAGACCCAAGUACAACUACUUUAAGCCCCCCACAGAGCGUGACCUGGUAUAUUAUGAGAGCUCACCCAAUUUCUGUGACCCUAAUCCCGAGACCGGCUCCUUUGGCACCCGCGAUCGCGUCUGCAACCUGACGUCCCACGGCAUAGACGGGUGCGACCUUCUGUGCUGCGGGAGAGGUCACAACACCCGGACUGAGAAGCGAAAGGAGAAGUGCAACUGUAUUUUUCACUGGUGCUGCUACGUCAGCUGCCAGGAGUGCGUGAGAGUCUACGACGUGCACACCUGCAAAUAGGGGUGAGGUGGUUCUCGUAUUUUCUCACCAAAAUUUAAAGGCACAAGAAAAAUUACACUGACUUUGCUACAAGACACGAGAGACUGCGAACUUGUCUUGCCUGUGCGUGGACUCCGGCGGCAGAGAUAACGGCCUCGUGAUUUGUGCUGUGAUGCUAAGACGAGCCAGUCUCUGUCAUGAUCAACUGAUAGACGACAGUUGAGUCGAUGCAGACAUCACAAAGCAUCACCCAUAUGAACUGUGACGGUGGUGAUGAUGACAACAAUGUUGAUAUCUAUAGCAAUGACGAAAAGGUUUUCAUGUACUGACGUAGGAAAGGGAGAACUGUCGCCUAAAUGACAAACACCAUAUUGGUGAUUUUUGUUUUCUUCUGUGUUCCAAGUAGUUUGUUGAGAAUGGUACAGCACUGCCAAUGUUUCAAGUCUAUAGGGCAAAUGAUGAAAAUGUCCCAUGUUGUUUAAUAAUCAUUUGUUUCUGCCACAAAAAGUGACAACAGACACUCAACAGCAUGCAUUCUCCUCCUCAACAUUAUUAGUAUAUGUGUGUUUAUUUGAACACUAACAUUGUGUGAGUGAGUAUUUUGUUUCAUCGUCAUAGUGUGUAACUGAUGUUUGGGUAAGAAUGCACUUGCACCUGAGUGAAUGUAGUUUUUAUGCUGUAACGUGUUUACAUGUUCACAAACUCUUAAGCUAAUGAGUUAAUAUCUGCUUUAAAUGACUAAUUUCAUCUGAGACAUGAGCCACAACCACUGAACAUUGGCAAAGCAAGAAUAUACACAAGCUGUGUCUCAGUUCAGGAGCGUUUUAGGAUCGAUUACGUCGUUUUUCGGAGGCAUCUGCCAAAUAUGGUUGAAAAAUACAUCCUUAAAUCCCAGAGAAACCAUGGCUCCAACAGGUCCAUACAUUUCCAUUUGGCUUAAGUAGUCUACACGACCCACUUGGCCCACGAAGACCUCCCACUUUGUGGGCUGCAUAGACCAUGUCCUUCUUCGAUGGCCGCCCCUGAAUUGGGACAUAGCUUCCUUCUACGCAUUUCACGACUGAAAACACUGGGAGCUUUUCCUUAAGAGCAACAAUGCUUUGAAUGACCAAAGACAAAAAGAAAUGUUCGUCUGCUGUGGUCAGAGAGCUGUAAGCGAAGCGAAAGAUCAGCACUUGUGUCCUGUUGAGAAAUAUGAAGCAUGUUCUCCUUGUUUUUUUUUAUCAGUAUUAGCAUUGUGUCAUGUGACUGGUUGUGUGUGUGGGGGGGUACUGUUAUUUAUAAAAGGGAUAGUUCCACUUUUUUGUUUCAUUAUUACAAAUAUAAUUUUCAAAUAUUCGAUCAAAUAGAAGUAAAGUCUGUGCUCCCCGAGGAACAAGCAAACAAAAUACAAACUAAUGAUGGAUAAACUAAGCUGAGUCUCUUAAGCUCAGUUUAAUGCAGUAUAAUUUACAGUUGCAGUAAAGUGAUGACCAAAACCUGUGCAUGUGAUGAUUCUCAGCUGUGGCUUAUUGUUCCCCAAACUAAUCAACAAGCAGCAUCACUGAAACGAUCAAUACUUUCCUUAUUGUAAUGCUGCUAAUUAAAAAUAAUAUGUGUGUGCGUGUGUAGGUCCUCAGUACGUCUUUGUCUAUGUGUGUUAUUUGUAUUUUCUUGCAUGUAUUGAUUCUUUCUGUGAAAGAAAAAUAUUAUAUAUAUAUAUAGUUUGGAAAAAAUGUGAAGUUUUGACUAAUUCUUUUUACAUACAGUAAUUUCCAUAUAACCAAAUAGACCAAAAUAGAGUUUAUGUUAUUUUAGUUGUCGUAGUCGGGCCAAACGUCAGCGCAAAAAUGAUUCACAUUUCUCUCCCUAAGAUGAAAUACAACAAAAAGCAGUAUUUAUUUAUUUGCAAAGUGAAAAACUACAGGAAGCUGAGACAGAAAAAAAGUAUGAAAGUAAAAAAAUGUUCAUGACAAUGUUUGUGCAUCAAGUCACUGAUGAAUUAUUGUUCUUAGCCAUUGUAAUGGUGUGUCUCAGGCAUGUAUAGUUUUCAGGCUCUAAUCAAAACUGCCCAUCAUGACUGAAAAUAUUAAAGAACAGCCAUAACACAUAAGUCAUUCUUAAUAAACUACACAGCAAAUAUUUUCAGUACAAGAUCUACUAUCUUGCGUUAUUACUGUUCACUUUACAUGUGAUUGAUUGCUUGUGUGUUCUAAUUUUUUUUUGUUUUUAAA